CGCGGCUACUGUGUCAGCUCGCGAUGUGGCACUGCGUCAGAAACAAACACUUCACUGCGCUUCGAGCAGUGUGCCAAUCGUUGGGGGGAAAAGUAUGCGUUCCGACUCUCGCUUCAAAAGCUCCAGUACUGCAGAUCGUUUGCCCAGGAGUUUGCAAGGAAAAAUACACAGGAACCGAUGGAUGAACCGCAAAAGAUAUUCCUAUCUGUCGUUUGCGCCUUAUUGUUCUUCAAUUUCAUAGGAACUGCUUAUGACUUGCUACUUGGCGACGAAAGAAAAAAGAGCAAACACUUAGUGUCGUGGUCCUUGCGCUCUAAUUGGAAUCGUCUGAUAGCUACCUAUGAGGAUGGCGACCCACGGCUCUCGGCUCUUAACCCUGUCCAGGGUGUGAGGGUGUUCCUGAUAUCUCUGACAAUACUGACCCACAGCGGCGUUAUACGUGGCUCCUUUUAUGUAUUCAACCCUCGAUUUAUUGAGGAGGCAGUGAGCCCACAUUUAAGGGAGGGGGUUACCCCGAGGCCUGAUCUGCGCCCCCGUAAGGGGUCGCGAGGACCCGACAAAGAUUUGAACCGUCAGUCUACCGAGCACCUUCCCCCGCUUGAUCGAAGACCUUGUCCUUGUCGCUAA